UCUGUGAUCUGGCCCCCCGAGCACGGCCAAAAAGGCGCUCCAACAGCGCGCGGCAGAUCGAGCACAGCUCAGCUCAGCCCCAACCUCCUUCCUACCACUCCGCUAGCUUCGCCCUCGGAAUCGGCGUGGCGAGAAUGCUGCACGGGUGCGGCCUCCUCCCGUGCCUCCGCUGGGACAAGGGCGAGGCGGCGGGCCGAGCCGACCCCCGCGUCGCGGACGAGCCGGGCGCCGGCGCGUCCGUGUCGGCCGGCAAGGGCGGGGCGACCAGGCGGUUCGCGUGGGCCGAGAUCGAGUCCGUCACGGCGGGCUUCUCGUCCCGCGUCAUCGGCCAGGGAGGCUUCAGCACCGUGUACCUGGCCUCCCUCUCCUCCUCCCGCCUCGGCGCCGUCAAGGUGCAGCGCAGCAGCGAGCGCCUCCACCGCGCCUUCCGCCAGGAGCUCCACGUGCUCCUCUCGCUCCGCCACCCGCACGUCGUCCGCCUCCUCGGCUACUGCGACGAACGAGAGGAGGGCGUCUUGGUGUUCGAGUACGCCCCGAACGGCGACCUCCACGAGAGGCUCCACGGCAGCGGCGGCAAGGCGGCGCUCCCGUGGGCGCGCCGCAUGGCGAUCGCGUUCCAGGUGGCCAUGGCGCUGGAGCACCUCCACGAGACCCGGGACCCGGCGGUGAUCCACGGCGACAUCAAGGCCUCUAACGUGCUCCUCGACGCCAGCCUCGACGCCAAGCUCUGCGACUUCGGCUUCGCGCACGUCGGCUUCUCCGCCGCGCUCCAGCCCCCGGACGCCGCGGCGUCCAGGGCGUCGGCGCGCUCCGUCAUGGGCUCCCCGGGCUACGUCGACCCGCACUUCCUCCGCUCCGGCGUCGCCACCAAGAAGAGCGACGUCUACAGCUACGGCGUCCUGCUGCUCGAGCUCCUCACGGGGCGGGAGGCCAUCUGCGCCGACACGGGGUGCCGGCUCGCCGCCGCGGUGGGGCCGACACUCACCGAAGGAAAAGUAGCCGACGUGGUGGACCGGAGGCUAGGAGACGAGUACGACACCCACGAGGCUGCGACUGUGGCGGCGCUCGCGCUGCGGUGCGUCAGCGACGGCCACGGGCUCCGGCCGUCCAUGGCGGAGGUGGUGCGCGAGCUCCAGGAGAAGACGACGGCGCUGAUCGCCGCCGCCGGAAGCAAACCGGCAGGCAAGAUGGCUGCAUGAGCUGUACGCUGCAGACUGUAAAUACUAGUAGCUUUGUUUAUUAGGGAGGAUAGAAGGUAAAGAUAAUGUUUUCUUACUUAGUAGUUUGUUAGUAGCAAUUUGUUAAUGUAGUGGAUUAGUAGUUGUUGAAGCAUUUGGAUCACGUAGAAAAUUUUCAUGAUGUCACUGUGUCAGAGGGUUAGGUUGUAGUUGUAGUGGGUUUGUAGUGGCCUGUUAAUCAAAUCGCCAAGUUGAUCUUGUCCAUUUUGCUGAAGAUUGAUGGGAUUUAGUUUAUUAUA